UUCCUCCCCGGGCCAGGGGCGGGUCCAGGUGCGCGAAGGGCGGGGAGCAGCCGCUCAGGUGCCGAUCCUCUGCGCCUGCGCCGCGCACGCUCCGCCCCCGCCAGGUGAGCCCCGCCCCCUGCCUGGCCUCCACCUUGUAGCUGCUUCAAGGCGUCCGCCAUUGGCUGUGACGACCCCCGGACGCUUUGGGGUGUGGUGUACCUGAGUCGGGGGCGAGUGGCAGAGUGUGCCGGGGCGUGUUGGGACUGACUGACUACGUCGCGCGCGAGCGCGGGAGCCAGUGUCCACACGCCGAAGGUCCGAGAAGCGGGCUUCCGGGGACCGCCACACCUGAGCGCACGGGCUUCCAGUGCGCGUGCGCGGCUGGGGCCUUCACGCACCUGACCGCGACACUAAGACGGCCGGCGGCUCGAGGCCUGGCGCGCUUGGUGGGCAGCAGGUCAUGGCGGAGCUGUGUGGGCCGCGGCGGGGCCGGGCGCUCCUUGCCCUGCUGGCUUCGCUGCUUCUCUCCGGGGCCCAGGCGGCCGACGGAGACGUAGGCAUCCACGAGUCUUGCCGAGUUUUGAAGGUAAUAGGGAGAUGCCGGGCAUCCUUCCCCAGGUGGUGGUACAAUGUCACUGAUGGGUCCUGCCAGCCAUUUGUGUAUGGAGGCUGUGAAGGAAACAGCAAUAACUACCAGAGCAAGGAGGAGUGUCUGGAGAGGUGUGCCGGCGUCACAGAGAAUACUGUUGAUCGGGGCAGCAGCAGGAGUGGAGUUCAGUCCUCUGUCCUAAGUGGUCCCAGAAGGCAGGAAUCUAAUGACCUCUCCAGUGAGAUCUUCAACUAUGAAGAAUACUGCAUUCCAAAAGCUGUAACUGGGCCUUGCCGAGCAGCCUUCAAACGCUGGUACUUUGAUGUGGACAAGAACUCCUGUAACAGCUUCAUCUAUGGCGGGUGCCGGGGCAAUAAGAACAGCUACCUCUCCCAGGAGGCAUGCAUGCAGCACUGCUCUGGUAGGCAGAUGUAUCCUGUCCUGACCCCUGGCACCAAAGCGGUGGUCCUGGUGGGGCUGCUUGUGAUGAUCCUGAUAGUCCUCCUGGGAGCCUCAGUCAUCUGCCUGAUCCGAGUGGCACGCAGGAGGCAGGAGCGCGCCCUCCGCACCGUUUGGAGCACUGGGGAUGACAAGGAACAGCUGGUGAAGAACCCCUACGUCCUGUAAAGGUCCUGCUGCCAGGAGACCUGGGGAGGGAGGGAGAACACGUGCUUUUUUUUAAAAAGGAGCGAUUGCUUGUAUCUGUGAGAUCAUUAGGGUACUCUGUGUCAGGGAGAUGCUCCCUGGUCCUGCUGGGCUGCUCUGGGACACCCCAGAGGGAAGGCAGGCACUUCAGGUGUCCCCUUAAUUUCUUCUGUCCAUUCAGCUUCCUCUCUUUUUCAUCACUGUUAGCCAUGUUCUAAUAGCUCCCUUUGUUUGUUUGAGUCAUGUUUUUUUAAGUAGAAAAGGUUUUUUUAAUUAGGAUUCUGAAGGAAAAAGUGUGCAAGUUUAAUGAAAAGGACCUUUUAAAAUAAAAUUACGUGGUUUCUUUC